CAGACACACACACACACACACACACACACACACACACACACACACACACAGGCUGCCAACUUUAGCUCUGGUUUGUUAAAUAGGCACCUCAAUCCUAGGUUAAUGGAAGAGCCCUCAGUCUCCUUUGCCAGAGAGAGAUAAGGAGAAAGACUCUUUUUAGCAAGUUGGGACUAUCUUAAGUACCAGAGGGAGUGCUUGCUGGCUUUGUCUAAACACCAGACUUUGGAAAAGGAGUUUCUUGGGAUCUAACUAAGGCCUGCCUCAGUCUCCAUAGCAGCUAGUAUUAAACACAGGCUGUGUCAGGCUCAGGUAACAUUUAGGCUUGCUUCCGCCCUUGUCUUUCCUUUUCUUGCCUUCUUUUCCUACAAAAGUGUGUUUUGGUCUCUUGAGCUGGCUUUAUUAUGGCCUUAGGGGAAUUUCUUCACCCAACCUUUGACCUGCAGAGGCCUAAGAACUUUAGAUAUUUAAAACCCAAACUAUGGGUAAAGGGUGGGGUCUUCAGAAUAUCUAUCACAGAUCAUAGAUGGGCCAGAAGAUGCUGGGAGCCUCCCUAGUCUCCGAACCUCCAAACUUGGGAGGUUGCUGGGAAGAAGCGGGAGAGAGGGAGCUAACUUUUGCCAAAGGCUGGGGUUUAGACAAAGCCUGCAAGCACUCCCUCAGGGCUCUUCCAUUAACCUAGGGUUGAGGUGCCUAUUUAACAAAUCAAAGCUGACAGUCUCUCUGCGCUGGGGCCCGAGGAAAGUGAUUGUCUUCUCAGCUAGUUUGAGAGUGGAGUUAAGUCGCUCAGCAAUAGUCCAGGAGCUGGGUGUACUUUGCCCUUGGAGUCAGGGUCAGAGCCAGAGCUGGACAUUAACUAAGUUAACAAGUCACUGUGAAAAGCAAAUACUGGGAAAAGAACAAAAAGAUCCCAGCACUCCCCCUCCCCCAUUUGUCUUCAGGGUCUUAAAGUGAGAUUUAAAUCUGAGUAGGAGACUAGAGGAAUUCUAUCUAAGGAGUUUGAGCCACCUUACAUCAGCUCCAGUGUCUCCUUGGAGGUCCUAUGGCAGAGUUAGGUCUUUCCCACUGCUUGACAGGUUUUGGCUGUGGCCAGGCUUCGGAUGUUUCCUCCACCAAGGGACUGCUGGGAAUUUCCAGUGUCUUAAGAGCCAUUGUUUCAGUUGUCUGGUAGCCAUAAGAAGGAACAAAAGUAUUUUUUUAAAAUGUCUUUCUCGGGCUGGAGACAUGGCUCAGUGGGUAAGAGCACUGACUGCUCUUCCAAAAGUCCUGAGUUCCAAUCCCAUCAACCAUAUGGUGGCUCCCAACCACCCAUAAUGAGAUCUGACACCCUCUUCUGGUGUGUCUGAAGUUAGCUACAGUAUACUUAUAUAUAAUAAUAAAUUUUUUUUUAAAAAAUGUCUUUCUCUGUCCCCUCCCCCCCCCCCCAGGAUGGGUGUGGGGGUUGGGUGGGUGUGGUUGGAGAGGUGGCUCAUGAGGAAGAGCACUUGCUGUCCUUUCAGAGGACUGGAGUUCAGUUCCCAACUCUUAGGACAGAUCAGAAUUCCAGCAAGGGUGAUCAGCGUCCUGGCCUCCAAGGGGACUCACAAGAGAGUGUACACUCCCAUAGAUAGGUAUAAUUGUAUACACAGACAUUUAAAACCCUUAAAAAAGAAAACAAAAAACAAACUUCCUGCCAAGAAAGUUCUACCACCACCUCUGGGGAGGGGAGGGGAGGGCCGUGUGCCCCCAGGGUAUAUGUGGAUGUAGAGGUCAAAGGGCAACUAGAUGCCUGUGCUUUCUGAGCCGUUUCAGCCCAACCAUCUCUGCUUCCACUUCCCCAGAAAAAAUAGGGAACAUUAUUAAUUCACCAGGACCCUGGAGCGAUGAACUUCAUACUGUAACAAAGGAGAGUCUUUUUUUGUUUUUGUUUUUGUUUUUGUUUUUGUUUUUGUUUUUUUUCGAGACAGGAGACAGGGUUUCUCUGUGUAGCCCUGGCUGUCCUGGAACUCACUCUGCAGACCAGGCUGGCCUCAAACUCAGAAAUCCGCCUGCCUCUGCCUCCCAAGUGCUGGGAUUAAAGGCAUGCACCACCACGCCCGGCGGAGAGUCUUUUAUUAUUCUUUUUUUAAUUAAAUUUUUUAUUUUUAUCUUUUUAAACUUUGUUUGUUUGUUUGUUUGUUUUUAAGACAAGGUUUCUCUGUGUAGAACUGGCUGAGACUUCUUCUUUUUUUUUUAAAUGAUUUUUGUUUCACCUUGUUUUUAGACAGGGUCUCCUAUAGCCCACACUAGUUUUGAAUUUGCUAUUAUAGCCAAGGAUGAACCGCUGGGAUAGAGUGAGAAGUGGGAAGUGGGAACUGGGGUGUAUACGGCCAGGCUGCUGCUGAGUGACUUGGGGAGCACCAGAUAGCACACACACCCCUCCCAUUUUCUCUUGUAUCACCUGAAGCAGACUUUUGUCUCUAGAUGCAGAGGCUGGGUGGUCAGUAGUCUUUGUCCAGCUGAGAUGGGGCUUUCCUCUUCAAACUCUGCUUCUGCUGGUACUGGGCUGGGGUUGGUGGGCUGGAGAGGGAGGGAGGUCUUGUCAGCAGGUAAUCACCACUGUUUGUGAGAGGAGGCGGCUUUGAUACAGAGAAACUAAGCCCCCAGGGUUUCUAAGUCCUAGUGUCUGAGGUAAACUAGGAAGAAAAAAGUGGUCCCAGAGAGGGGGGAGAAAUCUAGUUAGAGGACAGCAAUUACCAGAGAGAGUCCAUUGUUGGUGGCCACCAAGCCUGCAAAUUACCUGUCUACCUAACAGAGUCAAUCAAGAGGAGGCUGGGCCCUCUAAUUCUUUAAUACACUUUGAGCAGACUUCUACAUAAACAAUAUGUUUGGCUGCACUAACCAGAAGGCUCAAGGCAAGAAAGUGGGAGGAGCUGGCUGUGGAAAGCGCAGCUUUAAAAACUAAAGUGUAAAGCUGAGCUGAGGUGGCGCAGGCCUUUCAUCCCUGCACUCAGGAAGCAGGGCCAAACAGAUCUGAGUCAGAGGCCAGCCUGGUCUACAGAGUGAGUUCCAGGAAUUCAUAGUUAUCUAAAGGGGAAGCUUAAGGGUUUUUUGGGAAGUCCUUUGGAUGGUGUUUUGCUGGGGCAAACAUGUGAAGGAACCUUUAGCUGAAGCAGACCACAGGAGAGAGGAUGUUCUGCUAAAGCAAGUACAUGAAAGGAUACGUGAUGAAAGACUGCUAACAACACACAGGUAUUGGUCCACCUUACACUGCAGAGUUGUGCUGCAUUUGUCGUGACUCCAUAGAGAGAAACGCAUCAAAAAACUUCUGGUGCGGUGCUGCAGUUUCUUGCUGUUUCUGAGGACUGCGGCUAAUUAGCAGAGUGAUGUCAGCUGAGACAGAUACGCGUGCUGAGACAAGACGUAUGCUUGAGGAAAGACCCAUGGAGGACAUGUGAUGUUUGGAGGAUAUAAAUAGGACCCAACAAACAGUGACUUGCUUAUAGAACUAGCUGAGUGAUGAUGCUUGUGAAUCUUGCAUCUUCUCUAAUCUUUCACUUCACUGAGAGAGGCACAGCUGAGAACUCCUGGCAUCGUCCCUCCGUGUCCCUCAUGCUGACUCAAGCUGAGGCUGAGGCCUGGCUGUCUCUGCUAGGUCAAGUCACCACUAUUGCUAACCCGAUUCUACCGAACUGGUCUGCUGGUGUAUCUGUGAAGUGGAUCGGCUACCACUGCCUGCUAACCUGCGAACUGAACUGCUUGAUUUCCAGACAACACAGAUGGGAAUUGAUCCAAAGAACGUUUCUAAACAGAUCAUCUUUAGAUGGUGGAAGAUUUCUCUGAGAAGUGAGUAUCGGUCAGCAAAACCUGGAGAAACAAAGGAAAGCCAUGAAGACUUCCUAGAUAACUCUCAUCUCCAAGUUCAAGUCGCCGUAGUAUUUGGUACAAAAAUAUUAGACUAUGUCUUCAACCUGUGCGAAGGUAAAUUUGACUACCUGGAGCGGCUCUCCGACAGACUGCUGCUGAAGAUCAUCUGCUACCUGGACCUGGAAGAUAUUGCCAGCCUCUCCCAGACAUCAAGCAAGUUUGAGAAGUUGUGCAAGAGUGACUUGCUGUGGGAACAGAUAGUCCAGUCCACCUGUGACACCAUCACCCCUGACAUGCGGGCCUUGGCGAAAAACAUGGGCUGGAGGCAGAUGUUCCUCACCAACAACAUCCAGCUCCAGAGGCAGACCCGCAAGAAGAAGCAAAGACAGGAAAACCAGGCAGAGAAGCUUGCUUAGGGGAUGGCUGUUUCCAACAGCGGAGCCACAGUGGUCCGAAUCUCCAGGUCCAAAGCUCACUCUCUCUUAACAACAGGUUCUGCCGAUUCCAGCAUCACUUGAAAACCAGAUUUUGCACACACAUGCAAAUCCACCUAGUGCCUUGCUCAAGCAACCCCCUCCUAUUGCCCAACCAGGGCCCAAGUACUAAGGGCUUCGAGCCAGGAAGUCUCUUAGACUACCACCUCCCUGAUCCCCUUUUGCCCCACCCCCCAGGAAAGAGGCACUUGUAUAUGAACUAACAAUAAAGAGCUAUCAGCAGG